AUCGUCCAUUCGUUCGAACUCUAUUUCGCUCUGUUCUCUAUAGAGACGAAUUCCGCAGGAGCAUUUUUGCUCAAAAAAAUAAUUAGCGCAGCCAAUUUAGUGUUUUGGGAUAGCCCAACCCAUUUGGCCCAUUCAGAAACCCUAACGCUAGGGCUCCUCUAUAAAUACGGACCUCCUCACUUGCAUUUGGCUAUUUUCCACCAACCGCCUAGCCGCUACUUCCCUUUUCCGUGUCUCUUUCUUCCUCACGGCAGCAGCCCGCGCUCCUCCUCCCACACGGCAGCGCGCAGGGAGCUUCCUCCCCUCCCAUGGCGCCCUCCUCCCUGGGCCCCAUUGCUCGGAGCUCAGCCAGGGCCGAGCGUCCCUUUCCCUCUCGCGCCUCCCAGCCGCCCCCUGUGCUCGGCGCCCCUUCCUGGCGUCCAUGGCACCGGCGUAGCUCCAUUGUCGCCCAGCUCUCUGUCCAUGGCGCCACGCUCGUAGCCGGCCUCCUUAGCUCCCCAUGGCGCGCGUGCCCCCUGCCCUAGGCGCUCGCCUCCUCCAUUUCGGAUGGCCGGCCUUGGUAGCCGUGGUUGCCAUGAGCGCCAUGGCCGAGCUCCCUGUUCCCCUGCUCCAUGGCACCCUGCACAGCGACCUUCUCCCCCUCGGCUCCCCCAUCCGAGCGCCCAAGCAACGCCUUUCCCUGCCCCUCUCUAUCCCCAACGACAAGCAGCAAGGACUCCCUCUCCUCCACAUCGCAGUAGCCCUCCCGUUCUUUCGCCACUCCCCUCAUCGUGUGUCAUCGCUCUCGUGCUCGCUGCGCAGCUCCAUCCGUGACGCCGUCGAAAUCCGUGCUAGUGGUCGACAUCACGCUUCGUGCUUUGCCCGUUCGACGAAAUGCCGAGCCAUGUGGACAGCACAUGUGUCUAGUCUGAUCCCGUUCAGGUUGAUUGAUUUAUAGUUUACAAUACGUAUGAUUUGGUUGAUGACAGGCAAUGCAUGUAUAUGUGUGGAUGUGUGUAAAAUGUUUCGGCUAUACACAUUGGUAGGAUCACAUUUGCGGUUAGAGAACAAGAGGUUGUUUCAUGUGUGCAGUUGUUGUUUGUCUAAUUAUGUUUUGGUCGAUGUAGUGUAUGUUGGGGACCUUCGGCGUCCGAAGGUCCUCAAAAACA